AUGGUCAAUAGGGAUGGUUCGGUAGAGACUGUCAGGCUAAUGGUCUACUCUAUUCUUAGUCCAACUCGAUCGAAAAGCACUUUGAAUUUAUGGCAGGCAGAAGAAGCCUACUUGAACGCGCUUUACAAGGUGAAAAAAGUCGCUUCUUCUACGGAUGCUGAUCGACCUUAUUUCCAUCAUGAAGCACAGCUUACUUUUCAAACAGCGGUCCAACUGUAUGAAAGUUCGGUCGAUAGUGUCAUUGAAAGUCGACAACGGUUGAGAGAUACGAUCAAACUAGAAAUAGAUGUUUUGACAAAGCAAAAGGAAACGGAAGAACAAAAUCGAAAGACGCAUAAAUCAAAGUUGUAUGACGCCAACACCAACUAUACGACUUUUAAAAACCGAGAUAUUGUCAAACUUCAAAAAUCAUAUAAUCAUCGAUGCGAAGAAUUAAAAACAGCACAAACACACUGGCAACAGCAACAGCAACAGCAGCAGCAACAGCAACACAGUGAAUCUACUGGAGAGAGUUAUCGAUCCAAUCGGAAUUCUGCCGAAUGGAAUGCCAGUGCGAGUCAUAGAACGUCAGGGGAUUAUAACCGAGGAGAGGACCAUGAGCAGCAGCCGGCACAACAGCCACCAAGCAGUAAAAGCCGAGGCAUGGCUGGGUUACUCUCUCACAUGCGAACAAGAGCGGUUGUCGCCAAUGCUUACUUGACGACACCGUCCUCCUCGGCCGAUCAACAAAAUAAACAAUUUAGUAAAUUUGCAAAGAUGAAGAAGGAUAUCACGGAUGCGGAUAAUGAGUAUAGAGACGGUAUAUUACUGUUGGAAAAUUUGAGAAAAAAGCAAUACAAGACAUCAGAAGAAGUGAAUAGGCAAUUGAAAGCAACGAUCAAAAGAAAAACAGAGACUGUCAAGACAUCUCUUGUCAACAUUUUACGGUCAGAGCUGGAUAGUUUGCAGAUGGAAAUCAAUUCUGCACGGGGAACUUUGAAUGCGGCGAGUGCUGUGGAUAGCACAAGGGAUUUACAGGUAUUUUCUAGUCAUUAUCAGUCCCAGGGAUACAUGUAUCCCACACCUGUGCGAUAUGAAAACUAUUAUUUUGAAGGAAAAUGCAAGGAAGUCCUGUUUGGAGGAUCGUUAGAAACGUAUGCCAUUGAACACAACACGACGGUACCGUUACUCGUGAUAAAAUGCAUCGAAGCCAUUGAGAAAGGCGGCGGAUUGCAAAAAGAGGGCAUUUACAGAGUGUCAGGACGACAAUCCAGCAUAGAGCAAUUGAAGCAUUACUUUGAAUUAGACGAAGACAGGGUGGUGUUGGAUCAGUACGAUGUGUUUACGAUGGCUACGAUUUUGAAAAUGUAUCUAAGAGAGCUAAAAAGGCCCUUGUUUGACUUUAAUACGCAAACGAGGUUGGCUUAUAGUAAAGGGAUGUCACAAGCGCAACGAUUUGGGUUAUUAGAGACGAAAUUAUCUAAUUUGUCCUUGGCACAUCGAAGUACGUUGCAUUAUUUGAUACGUCACCUGGCCAAAAUCAAUGCUCAGAGUCAGAUCAAUAAAAUGAAUAUUCCCAACUUGGCUCUGAUUUUUACGCCGGUUAUAUUUCACGAUUUCAAUCAAACGGGCACGGAAGAUUCUUCUGCGGCGUCUGGGGCCACAGCAACGAUGACGGCCGAGACGAACGCGUGGUCGCCUGACGAAUUGUUUGAAGAUCUCAUACUUUCGAUGGAUGUGAUCUUCCCCAAAGCAGAAGCGUUGGCACGGCGAAACAACGAACAUAAACUGAACCAAGCGUUGGAAGGACUGAGUCCUUUCAGUCAACACUCUCAGAGUAACCUUUUAUACCUUAGUCAUCACGCUACUCUCUUCCCGCCUUUACCGUCGACGAGGAUGAGCGCUGCGCCCCCCAUGCUCCUCACGCAGCCGAUGAACCCACCCGCCUCCUUGAGGAAUAGUCAUAGUGACAGUAGUGCUACUACGCGUGGCAGCAGACCCAUGGCGCCGCCUUUCGACUCGAAUGCAGCCGCCGCGGCCACAGCCAAACAACACGAGCCCUUCCUCUCGUCCAUGGUGGGCUCUUUGGUGCUACAGCCGCCCGUGAAUGCACAGCACCGACCACCCCAGUCCACAGCACGUAUUCCUCUCACGUUAUACCCUAGUGAUGUUUCAACAACACCUACGCCAGCGCAGUACGGUCAGACGACGCCUCUGAACAGUAGUAGUAGUAGCCAUACACGGAUGCCUCGUUUUCCACCGGGCACGACAGCCAUAGCUCCUACCACGUCUCAAGCCAACACAGCCACCCCCACGGAGCCUACACAUGCUUCUACGCCUAUGGAGCAGCAGCAGCAGCAGCAGCAGCAGCAAGCAGCGACCCUGAUGCAGACAAACAACAACAACAACAAUAGUAGUAGUAGUAACAAUAGCAGCCAUCGGUCUGUGACACCUCCACGACAAGAUUCUCUAAGAAAGUUGGACGUGCGAAUGCCACCCACAGCCAGCGUCGAUCCACUUGUUGUGAGUAGUAGUGGUAGUAGUAGUAGUCAUGGUCAUCGUCAUGCUCUUCCUGAGCAGGCAUCCUCCACCACGGAGGACAUCCUGACCCAAACAGCAACGAUAGCAGAACACUAUAAACCUAGUCUAAGUGAAGAACUCACUCUAGCGGUUGAUUAG